AUGCUCCGCUGGUACCAAUUGAAGCUCGCUCAGCGCCCGCUGCUGACGCAGAGCAUCACCACCGCCAUUCUGUUCGCGACCGGCGACACCAUGGCCCAGCAGCUCGUCGAGCGCAAGGGCAUGAAGAACCACGAGUGGGAUCGCACUGCUCGCAUGGCCGGCUACGGUGGUAUCAUCUUCGGCCCGGCUGCGACGACGUGGUUCAAGACGCUGCAGCGCAUCCAGCUGAAGUCGACCAAUGGCACCAUCCUGGCCCGCGUGGCUGCAGACCAGCUGCUCUUCGCCCCCACCAACAUGUGCUUGUUCCUGUCGACCAUGGCCGUCCUUGAGGGCGGCAGCCCCAAGGACAAGCUCAACUCGACCUACUGGCCUGCUCUGACCAAGAACUGGAUGGUUUGGCCCUUCGUGCAGGUCGCCAACUUCAAGUUUGUCCCGCUCGAGCACCGCGUGCUGGUGGUCAACGUCAUUUCUCUCGGCUGGAACUGCUACCUCAGCUUCCUCAACAGCCAAGGCGGCGCUGCAGCUGCCGGCGCCGAAGCCGGCUCCUUGGCUGCCGAGAAGAAGGAAUGA